GGGGCAAACGCCGGAUUGCCCGUCCAAUGAGGGCGCGGGGCGGGGCCUGCCUCCAGUCCCGGCCAUGGCGUCCUACUUCGACGAGCACGACUGUGAGCCCGGAGCCCCGACGGGAGACCCGCUGCCGCCUCGCCGCGCCCUGCUGGAGCUGGCCAGGUCUCUCUUCCUCGGCUUGGAGAUCGACGUGGGCGCCGUGCAGGGCGGCGACUGGGAUCACCGGCUGCCCCCGCCCGCCGCCAGGAGCGCCGUGGAGGGGCUGCCCGAGGUGCGGGUCGACGCCCCGCAAGCAGCGAAGGGGCUCCGGUGCCCGGUGUGCCUGCUGGAAUUCGAGGCGGAGGAGGCGGCGAGGAAGAUGCCCUGCCAGCACCUCUUCCACGCCGGCUGCCUCCUGCCCUGGCUCGGAAAGACCAAUUCCUGCCCGCUCUGCCGCCACGAGCUGCCCACCGAUGACCAGGAAUACGAGGAGUACAAGGAGGAGAAGGUUCGGAGGCAGCAGCAAGUGCACCGACUGGAAUAUCUCCAUGGCGCGAUGUACACGUGACCCCCCCCCCCUUGCCUUGGUCAGCAGGGAUGUCCCCAGUCGCAAGAGGGGCGAGAAAAGCAGCCCUCGUAAGUGACGCUGUGCGCCCACCCAACCUCCUCAAUGCUUUUUCUAAGCAAGUCCUCAAAUAGGCAGAGCUCAGUGAGUUUUGAAAAAUAAAAAUAGUCCAAGUCUUUGUUAUCAACCCUGAGGUCCUUUGGCCUUGUUGGAGCAGAGAUGAGGGCAACUGCCUCCUACAAUGGGCUAUGGGCAAAAAAAUAGCAGCCUUCGGUGUGUUUCUCUCCACCCUUUCCCACUUAUCCUUAUGUCACAUCCAGCCAGAUUAAUUCCCAGAAGUGGCUGCAGGUGAGAAUUUAGGCUGCGGCUGUUUCUCCCUGAAAGCUGUGCCAGCUGAGCCGUCACAUGGGGGGGAGAGAAGGCAAGCUGCCAAGGAGAAAAACCAUGUGAAGGGCCAUCUAUCUAGAAAACACAUAAUAAACAUAAAAACAAAAUGUUAAAAUACAGUGUAGGACAAUCUAUGUAAUUCCCAGGAUCAGGAAGCCGCCUUUCCCCAAGAUCUGCCUCUGUUAAUUAAACUGCAUUGCAGAGAU